CUUACUUCCUUCUGAUCUUCAACAAUCUUUUCUUUUUAUCAUUCUUCGGAUCAUUAAAAAGCUCUCAUUAUAAAAAAAAAAAAAAAAAAUCAAAAAGAAGUAAACCAUGGUAAUUAUGGUACAGCCAGCUAACGUGUAUGGUAACCCAAAAUGCAAACCGAGUCCGGUUAUAAUCCCUGUUAUAGACUUAACCGAUUCAGAUGCCAAAACCCAAAUCGUCAAGGCAUGUGAGGAGUUCGGGUUCUUCAAAGUCAUCAACCAUGGUGUACGACCCGAUCUUUUGACACUGUUGGAGCAAGAAGCGAGCAAAUUCUUUGCUUUGCCUCACUCUCUCAAAGAAAAGGCUGGUCCACCCGACCCGUUUGGUUACGGUAGUAAACGUAUCGGACCCAAUGGUGACGUCGGCUGUAUUGAGUAUAUUCUCCUUAAUGCUAAUCUUAGCCUUACGUCUCACAAAACCGCCGACGUAUUCCGGCAAACUCCUCCAGUUUUCAGAGAGAUGGUGGAAGAGUACAUGAAAGGUAUGAGGGGAAUGACGAGUAAAGUUCUUGAGAUGGUAGAGGAAGAGCUAAAGAUAGAGCCAAAGGAGAGGCUGAGCAAGCUGGUUAAGGUGAAGGAAAGCGAUUCGUGUCUAAGGAUGAACCAUUACCCGGAGAAGGAAGAGACUCCAACCAAGGAAGAGAUUGGGUUCGGUGAGCACACGGAUCCACAGUUGAUAUCAUUGCUAAGAUCUAACGACACAGAGGGUUUACAAAUCUGUGUCAAAGAUGGAACUACUUGGGUCGAUGUACCACCUGAUCACUCUUCUUUCUUCGUUAUUGUCGGAGAUACUCUUCAGGUGAUGACUAACGGAAGAUUCAAGAGUGUAAAACAUAGAGUGGUCACAAAUACAAAGAGGUCAAGAUUGUCGAUGAUCUACUUCGCAGGUCCUCCUUUAAGCGAGGAGAUUGCACCAUUGUCAUGCCUUGUCCCAAAUAAAGAUGAGUGGCGUUAUAGAGAGUUUACUUGGGCUCAAUACAAGUCAUCUGCUUACAAGACUAAGCUUGGUGAAUAUAGGCUUGGUCUCUUUGAGAAACAACUUCCAUUUUCCCUAUCCGAUGUUUGA